AACAGGUUAAUUAUGUUGAACGUCAUCGCAUCAUCAUUGCUCCACCACUCCUCUAUUUAUAGUCUUUUUUUCAUUUUAUUUUUCCUCUCCACUCUUUUCAUAUUUGGUCCCUCUAAUAUUGCUUCUUCUUCUUCUUCUUCCAUUUGUCUUUUAGAGCGAAAAAUCAUCUCUCAAUAGAACACAAAAAGAGCAAUAACGUAAAAGUGUGAAGAAACGAAGUAAAGACAAGAGAACAAUUAUGGGGCAAUGCUCAUCGACGACGAAGAUGAGGAGAAAGAGGAAAAGGGAAGAAGAAGGUUGCAGAGAAUCAAUGGAGAGGAAUAAAGGAUGUUUAGCUAUGGUGAAGGAGAGGCGUUCUAGGUUUUAUAUUGCCAGAAGAUGUAUUCUUAUGUUACUUUGUUGGCACAAAUACGCCAAUUCUUGAUGAGGUUUGUGUUUAGCAGUAUUCGAUAAGCACGUAUAUACAAUUUGAUUAUUUGGACUCUGGUCAUAGCUUUGUUUUUUGGGGUUUCUUUAUUUAGUUUGAAAGUUUCAAGCUUUAA